AUGACGGAAGAACCGAAGGUCCUCCGGAAGGACCAGCUUGAGGUCAGCUUGCACAAUGAGAAAAAGCUGAUCAAGGAGGGAGCAAUCAAAGACGACAACCCUCUGGACCUUAGCGAGCCGUUUCGCGAGCUAUGCAAUGCCUGUCGUAAGGGGGAUCUCAAAGUUUGUCAAGAGAAGAUCACAGAGGGAGUCAAUAUUAACGCCCGUGAUCCCUAUGACUACACCCCCUUGAUUCUGGCGAGUCUCUGCGGUCAUUACGAAGUUGUGCAGCUACUCCUCGAGUCUGGUGCUCUAUGCGAGCGUGACACAUUCCAGGGCGAGAGAUGCUUAUAUAAUGCCUUAAACGACCGUAUACGGAAUCUGUUAUUGGAGUAUGAUUAUUCGAAAUCGACGGAUCCACUUCAGCCUCUGGCCGCGCAUAUCACCUCUCUCCUUACUCGUGAAACUCCGAUAACGUCAGACAUUGUUGUCACGGCAGCUGAUGAAUCCCUACACCUCCACAAGUUUAUCCUGGCUGCACGGUCGCCGUACUUUCAUCGAAAGUUGGAAUCUGCCCCUGGUACGUCAACAUGGAAACUUCCAAAUACGAUUCCACCAGAGGCGUUUGGUACAGCAAUCAAAUAUCUCUAUUUUGGAGAAGCUCCUCGCGACUUGAGAAGCGGUCCCGGCACGGGAUUCACGGAAUCGGAAGUUUUCGCGGGCAUCGACAAGAUAGCCAAGCAUCUAGAGAUCAACACCCUCGUGGAUAGUAUACUUGACAGUGGGGAUAGAAGACUUGCCAGACAGAGACGCACCAUGGAAGUUGCCAAAGGACGAGACCAACUAGAGGAGUGGUUCCGGGCGAAUGUGCUCAAGCAUAAAGUGACGGUAGAGACAGCAAAGGCAGACGAUAUCAAGUGGGACAGGGACAAUGCCAUUUAUGCGGAUGUUCUGCUCCGAGCAGAUGAACUCCCUGACGACGAGGAGGAUAUUUUGGAGGAAUCUGAGCAGACUAAGGUCGAACACGGGCGCUCCAACGGGUCUGGCAGACGCGUACCGAUGUCUACUCUUUUCCCUUGUCAUCGGGCAAUGCUUCUGCGAUCGGAGUUCUUUCAGACCAUGUUUGCCUCAUCAUUCCGGGAAGCCCACAUGAAGGAUCACCUGAAUGUCAUCAGCGUGGACUGUUCUCCGGAUGUCCUGGAGAUUGUACUGACCUUCCUCUAUACCGAGCGGGCUGACUUCCCGCUCGAUAUUGCGGUCGAUGUUCUGUUCGCAUCGGAUAUGCUAUUUAUUGAAAAGCUCAAAACGAAGGCAGCCAUUGUCAUCAGCACACUGGAGGAUGAUCUGGAUAUCUACGCCAUCAUCAAGGCUGCGUGGUUGACCCGUGUUCAACGACUCGAAGAAUUUGCUGCGCGAUACCUCGCGUACCGCUUGGAAGCUCAUAUCGACUCGCCGGAAUUUGCAGAACUUAUCCAAGAGUCGGCGUCCCGCAUCCAGUCCCGACAGGAGACGGAUUCCAUCGAACUGUUGGAUGAUAUCCGCUUCUACCUGAGUGAGCGAUUCAGGUUGCGCUUCGAUGACGCCGGUAUCGAUGAGAUGAUGGAGCCCACGCAGCCGGUGGCUGAUGGUGCUGGGGUCAACGGAGACGUUGAAAAAGUCACCGAGGGAGUGGAGACGAUCCAACUUUCAGAGGAAGGUUCUGGAGAUAGAACGAGCGUGACUGUUCCGUCAGUACAGGCCGAUGCGAAGGCACAGGAGCAGCCACUCAUUCAUACAUUGGAUGGCGAAAUCGCGGUCGACGAGUUCGACCAAGAUGCGAUCAACUAUCAGAUCCUAAUGGAGAAGCUUGAUAGGAUCCUAGAGAACUUGAACCUGGACGCCUAG